AGGAAAUGGCGUGUAUGUGUAUGGGAAAUGGUGCCUGUCAGGUGCAGUUGGGUGACUGUCCACCCAACCGAGUCCCCUCCAAGUUGACACGUAGGCUGCCAACUUGCUUCUUCUAGUCCUUCUUGGUUCCGAGUGUGGCCAGCGAUGCUUGGCUGUGACGAGAUGGGCGGUUUGUCUCUUCCGGGGAGGCCAUAACACGAACACCUGACUGUGACAUCUGGCCUCAUCACUGCUUCUAUAAAUACCUCGCUGAGGAAAUGUCUAAAGAGCACAAAUACAGUAUGACAGAAACGUUCGUACUAGCUGGCUCAAACUACCACAACGGGCAGCAAUGGCACGCCCAGAUGACCAACUCGGUGACAACCCACACCUCUGUGUCCAGAAUGGCCCGCGUCGCCUCUGAUGUGAAGCACACGUGCGCCGCCUACGUUCUGGCGCUCAGGCCGUGGAGCUUCAGUGCCUCACUGACGCCAGUGGCCCUCGGCAGUGCAUUGGCAUACAAGCUGGAGGGGUCGGUGGACUUGGUGAUCCUCAUGGUGUGCGCGGUGGCCGUGCUGGUGGUACACGGGGCGGGCAACCUGGUCAAUACCUACUAUGACUUCUCCAAAGGCAUCGACCAUAAGAAGAGCGACGAUAGGACUCUGGUGGACGAGAUCCUGGCGCCGCAGGAUGUUGUCAUGUUUGGAGCCUUGUUAUACUCUUUGGGCUGUUUGUGUGCCACCUUGCUCUACUUCCUGUCUGCGCUAAGAUUGGAACACCUGGCACUUAUCUACUUUGGGGGACUGUCCAGCUCUUUUUUAUACACUGGAGGCAUUGGUUUAAAGUACGUGGCCCUGGGAGACGUGGUCAUCCUCAUCACCUUCGGGCCGCUGGCCGUUAUGUUUGCCCACGCCGUGCAGGUGGGCUACCUGUCGGUCCUGCCGCUGGUCUACGCCGUCCCCCUGGCCCUCAACACCGAGGCCAUCCUUCACAGCAACAACACACGAGACAUGGACUCGGAUAAGCAGGCGGGCAUCGUGACGCUGGCCAUCCUCAUCGGGCCAACGCUGUCCUACGUGCUGUACAACCUGCUGCUGUUCGUCCCUUACGUGCUCUUUUGCAUCCUUGCCACGCGCUACACCAUCAGCAUGGCACUGCCCCUGCUCUCGCUGCCUAUGGCCUUCCCCUUGGAGAAGCAAUUCCGCAGCCGGUGCUAUGCUAAAAUCCCCCAGAGGACGGCCAAGCUUAACCUCCUCAUGGGACUUUUCUACGUCUUUGGCAUCAUUCUGGCUCCUCGGGGAAGCCUGCCCUUACUGUGAUUCGCUUGUGAUUCGUGUUUUUUAAUGCUUUAUGUUCACCUCUGCGCCCGCAGAGGCUGUAAUUUAUUGCCUAAUUUAUGUGUCGUGUAGAAAUACUGUAGAAAGUUUAUCGCUUGCUCUGUGAACACUGAUGAUUAAUUUUCAGUAUUAAGGUGGCUCAGUUGUGUUGAUGUCAUUGUUUCCAUCAUGCAAGGACAAAGUCUAGUUGCCAUAUAUCUCAUGCCACGUCUUACGUGACCUUACGUGACGUCUUACGCUACCUGAAUACAUCAAUAAUAAAUGAACUAAUGCUUUCAUGGUACAUACUGUU